AUGGCUAAUCUAGACAAAGGUUCUACUAGUAUUCCUGGUGCCCUUGGAUUUGGUGGAGUGCCUGGUGGUCUUUAUCCUAAUCCCUCACAUCCCCAACCUGGUGUUGUGGGUGCUUGGCCUGGUGUUGGUAUGCCUCAUAAUAAUGUAGGACUCCAACCCGCUAUUCCUGGUUAUAAUGGUGGGCCUGGAAUUCCUCCCGUUGUUAAAAUGCCUCCUGUUCAGUCUCCUCCUGUUGUUGGUGUUCCUCUUGGUCCACAGCAUGCGUCUCACUCUGCCUCUGCUGGUCCUCAGGGUCUUUGCGGUACUCCUGGUGUGCCUGGUUCUUGUCCUGUUGUUGGUGUUCCUGGUAGUCAUGCUCACCCUCAUACUCAUCCUUCUCUAUUACCUCCUCCACCUAAUCAUGGUGCUGCUGGUAGACCUGCUGCCCCUGAUCCUCAUGGUCUUGCUGGUUCUCAUGGUUCUCAUGGUAUGACUCUUUCCACUCACCUUGAUGGUGGUGCUGUUAGUCUGCCAGGAGUUGGUGUUGGUCCUGCAUCCAAUAAGGGUGAGAAACGUCCUGUCAUAGCGAAGAGUAAUCCCAAUCAAGUUAAUGAGAGUGAGAAGGAUAAAAAAGAAAAGGGCCCGAAAGGAGAAUUGAAUGACGGAUUACAAGGUCAUAACCAUGGGAAUAAAAAUCAAGAGGAAACUGUCCUAUCUCCUCCUCCUCCUUUACAAGAACUCAGUAUCAAUCAGCCCAGUGAGUUGACAGAGCAAGCAGAAAGUACUCAGAAGCAGCUAGUACCCAGUGAGUCAGGUGAGAGGAGAACUGAUGGGAACCAAGAACAGAUAAAGGAAACCACACACGGUCCUCAACAAGAUAAUCACAAUAAAGAACCAAAUGCCACAGGUACAACAAGUACAGACUCCCAUGUUACUGCUGACUCAAACCCACAUCCUACUACAGAUGCAUCACCUAGUGAAACAACUCAGUCUGGUUUAUCUACUGAUGAUUCAAAGACAUUAAAUAACACGAGCACAGAGCCCAACAGUACCACUGAUAAUGUGACAACUACAGAGAAUGAAUCAACAACUGGUGUCAAUAAUGUGGGUGCAUCAGCAGAAGGGAAUACCACCGCGUACACGGACUCUGUCACUCGCAAUACCACCAGUAACGAGGACUCAACCUUACCUACCAACACCAAUACAAUUCCUCCUCUCCCUGAAAUCAGCAAUAACACCACAAUGCCAAAUUUGAGGGGUGAUGCAGACAGCAGCAGCAGUAUCAGCAGUUCUGUGUGGGUGCGUGUACCACUACUGAUUGUGGUUACACUGGCCUGUAUUCUUGUGUGCUGA